GAGGCCCUUCCCUUUGCUAUGCAUGCCCCAGGAGGAGGGGCUGUUCCCUGGCACUCCCCAACCUCCGGCAGGGCCCUCACCCGCAACCCCGCCAUCAACAUCAAGCAGAAGAUCUCCCAAUGGGAGGGCCGCAGCCAGCAGCAGGGUUUGAACGUCAGGGGCGGCCACGCUGUGCUUUCCAGGACCCAAUCCGAUGGCUCAGAGAACGCUAACGGCAAGCCUGGCCUCGCCAAGGCCAAAAGCCUCGGCCUCGAUUUCAGGGAAGCCUGUCAGGCCCCUGAUGGCGUGACCAAACAACAGCAACCCGUCAACGGCGGCGGUGGUGACAAUUUGAAAGACAUCCACAAAAUGGUGAGCUCAGACUGCUGCCCUCAGAGUGGGAAGAAGCCGGGAAAUGGCAGCCUGGCGGCGGACGCUUGCCGGUCUCUCCCACCCGGGAGCUUCUACACCUCCAGGGGUUUCUGGAAGAAGAUGGACUUGCCCUGGCAGAAGGAGGUGCUGCAGGCGGAACUGAAGAGGAAACGAGAGGGCCCCAGCCCCACCGAGAAGGAGGCUCUCCCAGUCAACCCACUGCCCAAGCCUCAACGCACAUUCCAGUACCUGGGAGAGCGCACCCCGCCGGGCCAGUUGGGGGGCUGCAUCCACGGGAAGGGCCAAUCCGCAGCCAGGAAUGGGCCAAGCUCCUCCCCUCCCUCUUACCCACCCCCCAGCCCGGAGGGGAUUGUAAACGGAAUCACACGAGGAAAACCCAACAGGAAAUCCUUUGAGUUUGAAGAUGCGGAGAGGCUCAAUUUCCUGGUGUCUGGCAGCAGAGAGUCGGCGCCCGAGGAGUGCCGCCCGGGGCUCUACCACGCUCUGUCUGAGGACAACAUUUAUGAGGAUAUCAUCUGUGAAUCACGAGACCCGGUCAAAGAGAACGCGUACGAGGAUGUGAAUCUGCCUGCACUGCACAAGCUGAGAGGGGCCGCCACUCCCAAGAGAAACGCCCCAGGACAGCGCUCCACUCCGCCCAAGCUGCCCCCGAAGCCAGCCAGGCUCUUCAGACAGGUCCCCCUCUUGAAAAGCUGGAGAGCCCAAGACCUGAGCAAGACCGGCCGCUGUUGCACAGCGGCGCCCCCUGCAGUCCGAGCCACGCCGCUGUCGCCGACUUCAGAGUGCAAGAGGAGCGGCCCGCGCCCAGAGAGCAACGGGAGGACCAGGGUGCUGCCACGGUUUGUGAGCAAGAUUCAGGAGAUCUUUAACGCCAAGAGGGGAAAGAAGCGAGUGAAGACCCAGGUGACCAUGGGCAGAGGUGAUGCCAGUGACACAGAGAGUGAGACAGAGGAGCCCAGCGUAGGCGGUGGCCGGCGCUCUGUGCAUGUCCACUCCACUCUGCGGAGAAACCCUCUUUAUCAGACGCUGGAGAAGGACCUGUACGAGCUUCAGGAGCAGCAGCUCUUCCAGCUCUUCGUCGUCGUGUCGCUACGCAAGAAACCCUCCAGCAACGCCUACACCCCUGAGAUCACACAGCAGUUCCCCAACAAGUUUGAGAAGAGCACGCGACAGUCCCGGGAUGCAGAGCAGAGGCUCAGAGCCAUUCCCAGUUUCUGCUUCCCAGACUCCCAGGAUUGGAGACCUUCAGCUGAGCUCCCCAGUGAAACCUUUUCCUUCGUGCUGACUGGAGAGGACGGAGGCCGCUGGUUUGGGUACUGCCGCAAGCUCUUGCCCAGUGGGAAGGGGAAGCGGAUCCCGGAGGUACACUGUAUUGUCAGUCGGCUGGGCUGCUUUAACCUCUUUGCCAAGAUUCUGGAGGAGGUGGAGCGGCGCAGGGAUAUCUCUCCGGCUCUCGUCUACCCGUUCAUGCGCAGUGUUAUGGAGGCUCCAUUCCCCGCCCCCGGGCGCACCAUCACCGUCAAGAACUUCCUGCCUGGCUCCGGUAACGAGGUUCUGGAGCUGUGCCGGCCUGUGGACUCCCGCCUGGAGCACGUUGACUUCGACUGUCUCCUCCAGUGUCUGGGAGGGAGCCAGCUGCUGCAGGUGUUCGCCUCGCUGCUCCUGGAGAGGAGAGUCAUCUUCGUAGCUGACAAGCUCAGCACCCUGUCGCGCUGUGCCCACGCUGCCAUCGCUCUGCUCUACCCCUUCACCUGGCAGCACACCUACAUCCCUGUGCUGCCGGCCUGCAUGAUCGACAUCACCUGCUCCCCCACCCCCUUCCUGAUCGGAGUGCUGUCCUGUGCCCUGCCCGAGCUGAUGGAGCUGCCCAUCGAAGAGGUGCUGAUUGUGGAUCUGUGUGCAAACCGCUUCAUAAGACAGAUCUCGGAUGAGGACUGUAUCCUCCCCAGCAAGCUCCAGGCAGCUCUCUUGCAGGUCCUGGAGGAACGAGGAGACAUCCUGGCGCUGGAGGCAGCAGGAAUGAGAGGAGGUCCUCCCCCCUGCCUCAGCUCUCUUCUCUCUGAGGCAUUUGUCCAUUUCUUUGUGGAGCUGGUGGGUCAUUACUCCCUGCACAUGGCGGUAGGGGAGGGGGGGCGGAGGGCUCUCCGGCGGGACGCUUUCCGAAAGUCCCACCCCUCCCGCGGUGCGCGGCAGUUCCUGCAGCUCUUCAUGGAGACGCAGACGUUCUCCGGCUUCAUCCAGGACAGGGAGCUGCGCAAGAGCGGGGUCAAAGGCCUCUUCGAGCUUCGAGCAGCUGAGUAUUUGGAGACGAUGCCGGACUCGGAGCCCGGUGGCAUGAACAAGUUUCUGAAGGGACUGGGAAAUAAAAUGAAAUUUCUUCAAAAGAAGUAAAUUGGCAAGCUCCGCCUUAAAACCGCCAUUAAAGGACCAGCAAGCUCAGACGGGUGCCUAUUGGCUGCCCGAGUGAGUGGGAGUGGCCGAAAGAGUGCUGAUUGACUGGCUGGCAGAGCACCUUUUUCAGCUGUUGACAAAGAGUCUUAAUCACAAGGCGCUGCAGUUCCUGGGACCCACUGGAACAGAGUUUAAAAAUGAAGAGACUGGUUUAUUAAUUCAGAGCACUGCUAACUGGAACCUGGAAGGCAGAGAUCCACUGAGCACAAAUACCUGGGUUAGAAAGGAGUAUUUCACAGGCUCCCUACAGUCUGCUCCCCGGGCAGGGCACUGAGUUCAUGUGCCAGCCUCCCUGCAGUGUGCUCCCUGGGCAGGGCACUGAGUUCAUGUGCCAGCCUCCCUGCAGUGUGCUCCCCGGGCAGGGCACUGAGUUCAUGUGCCAGCCU